UGGCGGCGCGUCUCCUCCCGCCUGGCUGUGCGAAGUCCUCGCCCGCCCGCCCGCGGCUCGCCUUCCUGCUUGGCGCCUUCGCUGCUCAGACUCCCCGCGGCGGCACCAUGUCCAGCACCUUCGCCCGCGCCCUCUCCGCCCGCAGAUCCGCCGCCCUCCUGGCCGCGGUGGGCGCCGCCGGCUCUCUGGGCGCCGGCUUCCUCUUCUCCCGCGACUCCCUCGGCCCCUCGGAGAGGACCAAGCGGCGCUUCUACCCGCCAAGUGCUGAGUACCCUGAUCUGCGCAAACAUAACAACUGCAUGGCCAGCAACCUGACACCUGCCAUCUACGCUCGGCUCUGUGACAAAGCCACAGCUGCGGGCUGGACCCUGGAUCAGUGCAUCCAGACUGGGGUGGACAAUCCCGGACAUCCCUUCAUCAAAACAGUAGGCAUGGUGGCAGGAGAUGAGGAAUCCUAUGAGGUUUUUGCAGAGCUGUUUGACCCUGUAAUUGAGGAGAGGCACAAUGGCUACAACCCACGCACCAUGAAGCAUCCCACCGAUCUCGACGCUCGUAAGAUCAAGGGCGGGCACUUUGAUGAACGCUACGUCCUUUCCUCCCGGGUCCGGACUGGCCGCAGCAUCCGUGGCCUGAGCCUGCCUCCAGCGUGCACCCGGGCAGAACGGCGGGAGGUGGAGAAAGUCACAGCAGAAGCCCUGAACGGCCUGACCGGGGAGCUGGCGGGCAAGUACUACCGCCUCAGUGAGAUGACGGACAAGGAGCAGGAGCAGCUUAUUGAGGACCACUUCCUUUUUGACAAGCCGGUCUCCCCUCUACUGACAGCAGCAGGCAUGGCUCGCGACUGGCCUGAUGCCCGAGGAAUCUGGCACAACCAUGAGAAGACCUUCCUGGUCUGGAUCAACGAGGAGGACCACACUCGCGUCAUCUCUAUGGAGAAAGGUGGCAACAUGAAGAGAGUUUUUGAGAGGUUCUGCCGGGGUCUGAAGGAAGUAGAGCGUCUGAUCCUGGAGAAAGGCUGGGAGUUCAUGUGGAAUGAAAGGCUGGGCUACAUCUUGACGUGCCCGUCCAACCUUGGCACCGGCCUGCGUGCUGGAGUUCACAUCAAACUGCCACUGCUGAGCAAAGACCACCGGCUUUCUAAGAUCCUGGAGAAUCUGAGGCUGCAGAAGCGAGGCACCGGCGGUGUGGACACAGCUGCCACAGGGAACGUCUUUGACAUUUCCAACUUGGAUCGCCUGGGCAAAUCCGAGGUUGAGCUGGUACAGCUGGUGAUCGAUGGUGUGAACUACCUGAUUGAUUGUGAGCGGCGCCUGGAACGAGGCCAGGAUAUCCGCAUCCCAGCCCCUGUCAGCCAGUCCCGUGGCUGAGCUCAACCAGACCCUCCAAGGCUUGAGAGAUGCCUGCAUGCGUAGUCUUGUGGCUCUAACUGUGUACCCUGCAGCAAUCCCCAUAAAGUCCCAAUUGCUUGG